AUGUCAAAGUUAUCCCUACAAAAUGCUAUUUUAACCUAUGAACAAUUAGAAACUACUCCUUCGAAACAAGAUGAAAUUCCCGAAGAUCUCGAAGAUAAUCUGCGAAGACUUGGCUGUGAAAUGAUUCAAUCAGCAGGAAUUCUUUUACGACUUACUUUUCCAACGCUUUUUUUAUGUGGCGUCGUUGAGGAAAUUUUCUAUCAGAAAGCAUUAACUGUUGCAGAGAUGCAAAUACUUAAAAAAUUAGGGUUUAAUGUUCAUGUACAAUUACCAUAUGGAUUAAUGGUAAAUUAUUUGAAAGUAUUGGAACUUACAGAACACGAAACUAUUCCGCAAAAAGCCUGGGGAUAUCUAAAUGACGCGCAUCACAAAUUGCCAUCUGGACUACCGUUUACACUUGAUGAGUUGGAGAUUUACUUAAAAGGAUCCUCAACGCAGACCUAG